CCCAAACGUAACUCCAAACUUCGUCGAAACCAAGAUUGAACCACCUACAACACCAUGGCCGCCAAGUUCGCUGUCAAAUCUCUAGACCACCUGGUCUUGACAGUCCGGUCCAUUCCGGCAUCCGUCGCAUUCUAUACGAAUCACCUGGGAAUGAAACAUGAAGUCUUUACUUCACCCAGCAACCCGGAUAUUCAGCGACACGCUCUUCGAUUCGGAUCCCAGAAAAUCAACCUACACCAGAGCGGGAAGGAAUUCGAGCCCAAGGCUGAAAACGUCAUGCCAGGAAGCGCAGACCUGUGCUUCCUGACGGAUACGAAAGUGGAGAAUGUUCUUAAAGCUUUCGAGGAAGCUAAGAUCGAUGUUCUCGAAGGUAACAAAGUCGUGGAACGCACGGGUGCGGUGGGGAAGAUCCGGAGUGUUUAUGUGCGCGAUCCGGACGGCAACUUGAUUGAGAUAUCGAACUACUCUUGAGACAGAGAAGUCUUAUAUCCUCCAGCAGUGGGAUCAAAUCUUGAUCCCUGCUGAUAGCGGGGUAAUUCAUCCACAUGCAUAUGAUUAGUCAUGUAAUGUACAGCCACAAAUUGUGCAUACAUAUGAAAUUUGUUGACAAUUUCCUUUCUUUGUUCCUCUUCAAUGUAGUUUUUACAUCAAACUCUUACUGUAACUAGCGGGAUUAUGAACAUCGC